GCCUACAAAUAUCUCGAAGAAUUGCAAAGAAAGAAGCAAUCGGAUGUCCUCCGUUUCUUGCUCCGUGUUCGUUGUUGGGAAUACAGACAAUUGAACGUCAUCCAUCGUGCUUCUCGUCCUUCUCGUCCUGAUAAGGCUCGUCGUUUGGGAUACAAGGCUAAGCAAGGUUUCGUUAUCUACCGUAUCCGUGUUCGUCGUGGUGGCCGUAAGCGACCUGUUCACAAGGGUGCUACUUAUGGUAAGCCUGUCAACGAAGGUGUGAACCAACUCAAGUAUCAACGCUCUCUCCAAUCCACUGCUGAAGAACGUGUCGGUCGCAAGUGUGCCAACCUCCGUGUCCUCAACUCUUACUGGAUCAACCAAGAUGCCACUUACAAGUACUUUGAAGUUAUCCUUGUCGAUCCUUCCCACAAGGCCAUCCGUCGUGAUCCCCGUAUCAACUGGAUCGUCAAUGCCGUUCACAAGCGUCGUGAAGCUCGUGGUCUUACUGCUAUUGGUAAGAAAUCCCGUGGUAAGGGCAAGGGUCAUUUGUUCACCAAGACUCGUGGUUCCGGUCGUCAUGCCAGCUGGAAGAGACGCAACACCCUUUCUCUCCGUCGUUACCGUUAA